UGGGGGCAGCCCCAGAUGGCAGCCCCUCAGGGUUCCUUUUGGUUAGAGAGGUUCGUGUAUCAGGAGGUAAGAUUUAAGUGCAAGCCUGUUAACUGGUAUUUUGACUUACUGGUCAGGCCAGCUGCCAUUAUCUCAUGUUCUCUCUGUCUUUUCACUUUCAGGCAGCCUCAGCGAAGUCAUCGCCUCACACCUUCUGAUGAUGAGCUCCUCCAGAAAACUACAGUCCAUCAUUUGGAAAGAGACUCGCCAAACAUCCUAUUUAUUGAAGGUUACACUAGUCAUGGUUUCACCAUCAAUGGGAACAUGGUGAUAGGCCCUUGUGCUAUUUUGCCACAAGCUAUCCUGCAAUGGAAUGUCGGCACACAUAAAGACAUUAUUCCGGAGAGCCUCGCUCUGUUCCACAUGCUGGAGCCCAAGAUAGAAAUCGUGGUCCUGGGAACGGGAGCGAGAGUAGAAAGGCUGGAUCCUGCUGUCCUGAAAUGUUUGCAGCAACGUGGGAUUGCUGUGGAAGUACAAAACACGCCUAAUGCUUGUGCCACCUUCAACUUCCUGGUAAGCGAGCGACGUGUGACAGCUGCUGGACUCAUACCUCCUCCUGCUUUCGUGUCUGAAUAAGCCUUGAAGGGUAAGAUGAGAUGGGGGCAUUCUGAGCAGGCCAGAGAAAGGGACUCUGCUGUCAUGCCUGCCAGCCCCUUCGAGGUUCUGCCAGCUCCUUCCCCUAGUCGCAUCCAAGCCGUAGCAGCAGGACGUCAAAAAGAGGUGGAUUUUUUCCAGGCUCAGCACCAGAUCUGAGGCAGACUGCUCUUCCUCACACCAAAGCAUGAGCCUAGUGUGGAAAAGGGGCCUUAAAGUGACACCAUGCACCACUGUUUGCCUAUUGCAUCUAGUUGUUAUCUGAAACAACUGCAAGCAGCUCAUGAAUUUCUGUCCUCAGAGGAAAUUUGUUGGGUAGGCUGAAAUAAAACUAUUCAUCCAAAAUUGAUUUACAGGCUUUGAGACAGAGCAAACAGGGGCUUCUGUACCCACUGUGUCAUGUAAUUUGUUUAUUUACCUAUGUAAUUUUUAAAAAUUUCUAUUUAUACAGCCUGUUCAGGAUGGCAUUAUCAGUGAACAGCAACUUAAGUCUCUAUAAAAACAGCACAUUGAACAAGUCAUAAAAAGAACACAUGAAAAUGUAUGAGGAAGCAAGACUAGAGAGCACUAUACCCAGAGGUACUUUGGGCAAGGGGAGUGUCAGUUCUGCUUGUGCAAGGCAAUCGACACAUUUCUCUGAUUUCCUCACCCUGUUGCAAUAUUCAUAGCCUGUGCCAAACCAUGCCAAAGGGUCUUUCCAUAUUCUGCUGUGUUGUGUGUGCCUGUGCACGGGGGCUACAGUGGGAGGGAGGGAGAGAAGAUGUAGGACUAGAGGGAGAUGCUGGGGUCAUGGCUAAGGAAGCUAGAGGGACUUGCCUUGUGCUUAGCUUAUUGGUUGUAGCUCAGCAUUGAUGUGAGGCUUGUGGUCUGCCAUUGAGCUACAGGUAGUCCUUGCUUAAUGACCAUUUGUUUAGUGACAGUCCGAAGUUACAAUGGCCUCAGAAAAAGUGCUUUACCACCUGCACUCACACAACCAUCACAAACCGUCGCACCACCCCCGCGGUCACAUGAUCGCAAUUCCAGCACUUGGCAGCCAGCUCGCAUUUACGACCAGUUGCAGUGUCCUGUGGUCACAUGAUCGCGUUUUUGACCUUUUCAGUUUCUGGCAAAAAAAUGUUCAUUGGGGAAACUGGAUUAGCUUAACGACCAUGGUGAUUUGUUCAAUGACCUGUGAUUUGCUUAAAAACCCUGGUGAUUCGCUUAAUGUCUGUCAUAAAAAUGGUUGUAAAAUUGGGUCCAGUCACAUGGUGACUCACUUAACAACCACACAGCUUAACAACCAAUUUUCUUGUCCCUAUUGUGGUCAUUAAGUGAACGCUGCCCGUAUAAUCUUUUCUGCUGAAUGAAAUCUCACUUAAAAGACCCACAUGGCGCAUGGCAGAGCAUGUUGUGAAUCUGCUUGAAAUGUAGCCCUCUGGAACAAGUGCAGCAGCAUCUGGUUUGGCACUCAGUUUCCAGUUGUGUGUCUGGGUGGGUGCUUGAAGCACUGCUUCCUGUCAGUGAAAUGUCAGGCUAUACUCCAAGCCCUCUCUCAAACCCAGGGCAUUUCGCAGGUGGAGCAUGUGUUUUGUCAUGGGGCUGUAGCCCUGCCUGCCAUUCUGCAGAGCAAAAUGCUUGUCUACCAUAUUGCUUAGCUUAAGCCUAUCCCAGCCCGUUUUAAGGAACACGUCAUAUUGCACGUGUGCCUCUGGCAAAUCUGAAUGGACACUGACCUUUGAGGAGGUAUUAUUUAAAUAUAUGCACCAAGGACAAAGCCGCCCUUUGCCAGGGCUUGUGGAACAGUCAACAGAUGUGGGGGAGAGUCCAGAAUAUGUCAAAGCGGAUGCCAAAUCUUUCAAAGUAACAGAAAGCAGUUUGGGCUUUUACAUUUAAGCGCUCCAGAAAGGCUGAAAGUUGGCCAACUUAUCUUUUAAGCAUAUUUCAUAGCCCCAUGAUCAUGAACCUGUGUUUAUUUUUCAUGGGAAAAGGGCUUGUAGUAGAGCUUUGUAGUAGCUUGAUUCAAAAGGGAAAAAAUUGGCUCCAUUUGGAUGCACAAGGCAGCUGUCUGCAACUCUUUAAACCGAGUGCCUAUUUUUGUAGGAUUGCCCAGCAGCUGCAGAGGUUGGCCAUACGAUACCAGGAAAAGAUGCGGCUGCUUUAGGGAGCUGCAGGCAGGCGCUGCAGCACAAGGGCGCCCGCCAGUGACUGGGCAGCUAUUGCCAUUGAAUCCAAAGUGCUGCAGUCCUAUUGGGGGGUAUUUUAUGUAUCAAUUUGAGGAAUCGGUGCAAGUUACUGAGGCAUCUUUCCCCAAACCAGUUUUUAAGGAAUGCAUCACUAUGUUAUGGUAUAAACCAUUGACAUGUAUACCUUAAAAACUUGAGGUAUUUUUACUUGUUGCAGCCAAAUGGGUAAGAAAUCGCUGAAGACCUUAAGAGAAUCUCCAGGAAAAAGUCUGGGAGUCAGCACCCUCUUCUGCUUCAAUUCCUGUAAUAAACUGCACAAUUUGCAUUUCUUAAUGCCUUUGAGUCAGUUUUGACUCCUGGUGACUACAGAGACAAUUCCACAGGUUUGACAACAUUUUUGGAAGUGGUUUGGAAGGGCUGACCUGGGUCCAGCUGGCUUUGUGCCUAAGGCAGGACUAGAACUCAGUCUCCCAGUUUCUAGUCCAGCGCCUUUAACCACUGCACCAAAUUGGCUCUCCAAUUUGCAUAAGCAGCAUCUGUUCCAUAGGUCACCAAAUAAACAUCUGUCCAUUUUCCCAUGCUGUCUUCUAGAACCAUUUCACUAUUAGCUUUCCCAGGCCCAUAGAAACAAGAACAGACAGAAUUUGAGAAACUUGUGAUUUUAACAGAGAGUUCCUAAAGGUACAUUGCAAGAGUUACAGGCUAUAGCAGCCAGAGGUCUGUGCAUAUCUUGCUCUGUUGUUUUGUAAAUCCAUUCCAAAAGAAAGCAUGGCCCCCUCUGUGAAGAGCAAAGGACCUGGGUAAUGGGCCAGAGUACAACUACAGCAUUCCAAGAUUUUGAGACUUGAACCUGCUUGUCCAUAUUUGAUAAUAAAACAUGUUAAAAAAUAUACCAUG